ACCGUGUCGUGCUGUCAGUUGUAUCAAGCACUAUCAUCGCGACGCAUCUCUUAUUAUUGGCUCUCGAUCGGCACGCCGCUACGAGCGUACGUGCAUAUAUGUAUGUAUGCCUUCACGCGCCAGGUGCAUCAUCAGGUGAUUGUCAGUCGAAUCACGGACGCGCACGAUACUCGAGACAUUCUCGUCGCUCAGUCGUCGCUCGAAACGUGCACGUAGCAUCGAGAAAUGUCGAGGGACGCUGAAAAAGAUUUUUUGGCAAGCCCGGAGACCGAGCAGCUGUUAUCUACUGACACGUGCGGUGAUGCAUCAGAAACACGUGUAGGACUGCAACGAUGGUCGACGGACAAGUCGAACGUUCAAGGUGACGUAUCGUCAUUAAAGUCAACACCUCAGGACAAAUCUGUAUUGAAUCAUAACGUACAGAUUGGCGAAACCUCGAAUAAUCCGGUUGCCGUGAUAACGCUCUCCUCAAUUACCGUAAACGACAAUGGAGAUAAUGACAAUCCACCGCCUUAUAGCGCAGUCGCGCUACCAAAUCACGCCGGCUGGCCGUAUGGACUUUUUUCGUUCGGCAACACAAACGGGGCGACCUGUAGGAUGCAAAUACCAUUGACACCUUUCCAAGCAUCUCUAAUACCGGCUACAAAUUUCAAUUCCCAAGGGAUUAAUGGUCUGCACGCGUUACCGAUGCCUAUAACGCCUCAGCGGUUCUUCAAGUUAGAUUGCCAUAGGAAUUCUUUUGCAUCGACGUCAUACGUAGAUAAUGAGAUCGCAGAGAAAACUGAUGAUAAAAAAUUGCGAAGAUAUGGGACUAUUCUUGCGGCAGCGGCGGUUAUUAUCUUUCUUAUGGUUUUGUCCUUGAUGGUUCGUUUCGUCAUGGAGAGGAGUUUGUGGCGAAGAUAGCUUGUCGAUAAAAUCAGCGGUUACUUCGAAAAUGUUCAUCAAUAAAUUGUAAUGCACAAAAGAUCAUUUAAUGACGGAUCUGUGAUCAGACUUUAGCACAUAACGUAGUUUUAUUUAACACGAAAUAUACUUUCGAGUUAUUAUACUAGUUGUUUUGAUCCAAUCUCUUUGCACACUCUCAUUUACAUUUAUUUUUAAAUUAUAAAUGAUGGAGUUUUAGAGAUUUAUCAUUGUUAAUUAAUAUUUUGUUUGUGUUAUGUUUUUAAUAUACAAAACACGAAACAUGUGUAUGUUAUAUACAAGAUAAUUUGAUAAUUGCAUUUAAAUUAUUUUAUAUCUCUAGUAAUGCCAUUAAUUUAUGCAUUGACAUUUUCUAAAUAUCGAAUGUUAGAUUUCAUAUUUAUACGUUUCAUAACUUGUACAUUAUAUUUUUAUAUUGGUAUAAAAAAAGCAUGUAAUGAAGGUUAUCAUGAUUGAUCCAAUGUUAUGUAGAUAUUACUUAUUAUGUUUUUCCUCAUCAAGAGAUAACAUAAUCUAUUUUAAAAAUGUGAGUGUAUUCAGUCUGAGUAAUAAAAUUCAGACUGUUGUUGUGACUUUUGACUUUUAUUCUGUUUAGAUUGCAUUACGUUUAUUGUAAAUAAUGAAAGAUGCAUUUUGACAUUAAGAAUGAAUGAAUAAGAAGGGUAAUAUAUGUAUUCUUACAUAUGUCCGAAAUUGAUUUUUUAAAAAUUAUAAACUUUCAAAGAUAAGCGAACAACAUUGUUCUUAUAAUUUUAUUAAAGUCUUAUAUUAUAUUAGACAUCGCUGACUCGGAAAUAAAUAAUUCUCUAGUUAUUGUUUACAUAUCUUAAUCUAUAUUGUCUCUAUACUAACUUAGUCUUCUAUCAUAUUUUUCUGCUUUUAUUAGAUUUUAAUGUGUUCAAUGUCAUAAUUCUGAUAUCUGAGUCAUCGUAAUUUUAUGUUUGUGAUUACAAAAAAUAACUACGUUUUAUCUGAAUUAUGCGCACACUUUAAAUUAUGUGAUCAUGCAUAAUAAUAUGCCAGUGAUCCCGUAUUAAGUUAUAAGAACAAUUUUGCUCGUGAAUCUUUGAAUGCUUAUAACUUUUAAAUAAAGCAUCUUUGAACAUACGGUUACCUGAACUUUUUUUAUCUAUUCGAUCCCAUUUACACAUUGUAUAAAUUUAAAUCCGACCUUUAUGGACAUCCGGUAUAUUACAUUAUUAAAUAUAUCAUUAAACAUAUCAAGGAGUUAUAUAAUGGAGGUUUUAAUGAUAAUAUUGGACUUUGUUAGGGGCUACGCUUUAAUUAUGUUGUAAUAUGGGUCUCUCAUUUGCUUCAGAAUGCUAUUAUAAUUCUAAUUACGUUUAACAGUUUUGUCAAACCAUUGUUACUCUGAUAACCUCAGUUUUGGACCCAUAUUCGAAAUGACGUUCCCCUCAAUCCCCCUCAGAUCAAUUAACAAACAAUGCACCGCGAGGGAAAUUAAGUUGUAAAGUAAUUCACACUGUGUAAUGAGACUAGAUUUUUAUUUAUGAAGAAAAUUACAUCUAUAAGCAUAUGUAUAUUAUUCGUAUAUGUAAUUAUAUAAAAUACACACAAAUAAUUAA